AUGUCCAACACCGUCGAGUCAAAAUCUAGGUGCUGCGUUUAUACAGGUAAUUUGGAGGAGCGAGUGAGUGAAAGAGCUGUGUACGAUAUAUUAAUUCAGGCAGGGAGGGUGGUUGACCUGCACAUUCCUCGGGACAAAGAAACCGACAGACCUAAAGGUUAUGCAUUUGCAGAAUACGAGUCCAAGGAGAUUGCUGAGUACGCUGUUAGGCUCUUCGCUAGUCUUGUCAUUCUCUACAACCGGACACUCAAGUUUUCUAUCUCUGGCCAACACAAGAAGCCCUUGCAUGCUGUUGAUUUUGUGACGACAACCAUAUCCAAUUUUUCUCACACACGCAAAUUGAGCUACUCUUCUCCUGUUUGUAACUCUAGGUCAAGCCGGUGCGAGACGAGCACCACAAUUCUGUCUCAAUUUCACAAUCUGCAUGGCUCGACAUAUGAUGUAUUUUCUCAUAAAAGACUUCGGUGUAAUUAG